CUCUACAAAGACCGUCAAGAACCAACCCUCCCUUCAUUGCUGUUGCAGAGAGAGCUACAAAUCAAAUCAAAGCAAAACAAUCAGCAGAAUUAUCAAAUUGAUUGAGAUUUGAAAUUAUCGCCAUGGAUGUGAUCAAGACGCAACAGGUAUAUGCUCGGACUAUGGAGAAGGUCAUCGUUCAUCCACUAGUUCUACUUAGCAUAGUCGAUCAUUACAAUAGAGUAGCACGAGACACAAGGAAGCGCGUUGUCGGCGUCCUCCUUGGAUCCUCCUCACGCGGCACCGUUGAUGUUACCAACAGCUACGCAGUUCCCUUUGAAGAAGAUGACAAGGAUCCUAGUAUCUGGUUUCUUGACCACAACUACCAUGAAGCAAUGUUUUCUAUGUUCAGAAGAAUUAAUGCCAAGGAGCACGUUGUGGGGUGGUAUAGUACUGGUCCAAAGUUGCGAGAAAAUGAUCUAAAUAUCCACGGGUUAUUCAAUGAUUAUGUUCCCAACCCUGUCUUGGUCAUCAUUGAUGUACAACCUAAAGAGAUGGGAAUUCCAGCCAAAGCUUACUAUGCCAUUGAGGAGGUUAAAGAGAAUGCGACUCAGAAAAGUCAAAAGGUUUUUGUGCAUGUUCCUUCUGAAAUUGCUGCUCAUGAAGUUGAGGAAAUAGGCGUGGAACACUUACUAAGGGAUGUGAAAGACACAACGAUUAGCACCCUUGCAACCGAGGUGACAGGAAAACUUGCAGCCCUGAAGGGAUUGGAUGCACGACUUCAAGAGAUCCGUGGUUAUCUGCAACUUGUCAUUGAUGGGAAACUGCCUUUGAAUCAUGAAAUUCUUUGCCAUUUACAGGAUGUGUUCAAUCUAUUACCAAAUCUAAAUGUGACUGAGCUAGUUAAAGCAUUUGCAGUGAAAACAAACGACAUGAUGUUGGUUAUAUAUCUGUCUUCACUUAUCCGAAGUGUGAUCGCUCUCCACAACUUGAUUAAUAAUAAGAUGCUCAACAAAGAACACGAGAAAGCAGAGGACUCGAAACCAGUGGCUGUACCUGCUGCUGCUGCAAGCUAAGUAAGAAUGUGAACUCGUUUUCUUUCUUUCUUUCUCUUUUGGGUAUUAAUUUGACAAUUUAGAGGAAAGCAAUCCAUCCCCUUUGUGUUGAUUUGUGUCACAAACAAGUAAGAUGUUUCAGUUAGAACAACAAAUUAAUGUUGUUAGAUUGUGUUAUUAUUAUAUGAUGAUACUGAACCAACCAUAAUCUUAUCAUUUCAACUUCAUUUUAUCCA